UUUGGCCAGUCAGUUUGGAUGUAUUGAAUUUAGUAGUUCAGCUGGCAAAAAUGGAUACCACAACAAGAAGACGUGUAGAACCUUCCACAUCCUCUUGUUGAGACAUAAAGGGAAAGGAUGAAGUCCAUUGAGUGCCUUCACAUAAUCCGCCAAAAGUAUGGUUCUGUGGAGCCCUUCCAGAAGUGUGUCAUUAUAUCAGCAGUUCUGCUUUUUGCAGCUUUAGUUUCUUGCUGUGUUGCUGCAGCUUCUCUGUAUCAAGUUCUUAAAGUGAAAGCAGAAUUAAAGGCUCUCCAAGAAAAGCUGGACUGUAACAGAAGAUCAGCGGAACAAGUGAGCUUGCCUGUCUCUGAUGAUAAAUUGAGGAAUGUCGCUCAGCAACAGGGAGAUAAGCAGACAGCAGGAACACAUCUGGAGGACAGGUGGAUGUCUUAUAGCCAGGAGGAGGUUCCAAUGACUGUAAGUGCUAUGAGGACACGUAGAGCCGUGUUGCCUUCUGAGGGACAAGUAUUUCAGCCCUGUUUACAGUUAAUAGCGGAUGGUACAGGCAAUAAGGAUGAUGCAAAAAAUCUGCAAACAGAAGGCUCAACACAGGUACCCUGGCACCUUAGUUUUAAAAGAGGAAAUGCACUGAAUAAACAAGACAACAAAAUCCUGGUUCUGGAAGCCGGUCAUUAUUUUGUCUACAGUCAGGUGUGGUACACAGAUAGCACAUUUACAAUGGGGCAUUUUAUCCAGAGAAAGAAGGCCAUCCUUGUAGGUGAUGAGGCCAGUGUUGUGAUAUUAUUUCGCUGCAUUCAAAGCAUGCCUUUAAAGUACCCAAACAACUCGUGCUACACUGCAGGCAUUGCAAAACUUGAAGAAGGGGAUGUGCUUGACUUAAUAAUUCCACGGGUCAAUGCCAACAUAUCACUUUUUGGAGAUGCCACCUUCUUUGGAGCCAUAAAACUUCUGUGACAGUCUUUAUGUCUGUCACUGUUAUGUCGCUGUUAUGGAAACAACUUACUUCUCUGAAAAAGUGCCAAACAAGUGAAACAAAUAAAGCUGUUCUUUUGUAAAAAAAAA